GCCCGAGUGGAGCAAAGCAAAAGGGGAGGGUCUCGAGGCAGAGUCCAUUUACACGAGGGAGGGACCCCAGAUGAGGUAGGAAACCAGAACCUGGGAGCCGCGGAGACGUGCCGCACCAACCAUGGAGCGGGCUGGCCCCGACUUCGGGCGGCAGCAGCAGCAGCAGCAGCAGCAGCAGCAGCAGCAGUGGGACCAGGACUCGGUCGAAGCGUGGCUGGACGAUCACUGGGACUUUACCUUCUCUUACUUUGUUAGAAAAGCCACCAGAGAAAUGGUCAAUGCAUGGUUUGCUGAGAGAGUUCACACCAUCCCAGUGUGCAAGGAAGGCAUCAGAGGCCACACCGAGUCUUGCUCUUGCCCCUUGCAGCAGAGUCCUCGUGCAGAUAACAGUGCCCCUGGAACACCAACCAGGAAAAUCUCUGCCUCUGAAUUUGACCGGCCUCUUAGACCCAUUGUUGUCAAGGAUUCUGAGGGAACUGUGAGCUUCCUCUCUGACUCAGAAAAGAAGGAACAGAUGCCUCUAACCCCACCAAGGUUUGAUAAUGAUGAUGGGGACCAGUGCUCAAGACUCUUGGAAUUAGUGAAAGAUAUAUCUAGUCAUUUGGAUGUCACAGCCUUAUGUCACAAAAUUUUCUUGCACAUCCAUGGACUCAUCUCUGCUGACCGCUAUUCCCUCUUCCUUGUCUGUGAGGACAGUUCUAAUGACAAGUUUCUUAUCAGCCGCCUCUUUGAUGUUGCCGAAGGUUCAACAUUGGAAGAAGCUUCCAAUAACUGUAUCCGCCUAGAAUGGAACAAAGGCAUUGUGGGACACGUGGCCGCGCUUGGUGAGCCCUUGAACAUCAAAGAUGCGUAUGAGGAUCCUCGGUUCAAUGCAGAAGUUGAUCAAAUUACAGGCUACAAGACACAAAGUAUUCUUUGUAUGCCAAUUAAGAAUCACAGGGAAGAGGUUGUCGGUGUAGCCCAGGCCAUCAACAAGAAAUCAGGAAAUGGUGGGACGUUCACUGAAAAAGACGAGAAGGACUUUGCUGCUUAUUUGGCAUUUUGCGGGAUUGUUCUUCAUAAUGCUAAACUCUAUGAGACUUCACUGCUAGAGAACAAGAGAAAUCAGGUGCUGCUUGACCUUGCUAGCUUAAUUUUUGAAGAACAACAAUCAUUAGAAGUAAUUCUGAAGAAAAUAGCUGCCACUAUUAUCUCCUUCAUGCAGGUGCAGAAAUGCACCAUUUUCAUUGUGGAUGAAGAUUGCUCCACUGGCAUGUUUCUACUUAACCAGUUACUUAACUGUUUGCCUGUGUUUUCUUACUGCAAAGAAGGAACUCAUGUCUGUUAUUUUCACAGGGAACGUGAUGCAAAUAAAAUCAAUUACAUGUAUGCUCAGUAUGUCAAAAAUACUAUGGAACCACUUAAUAUCCCAGAUGUCAGUAAGGAUAAGAGAUUUCCCUGGACAAAUGAAAACACAGGAAAUGUAAACCAGCAGUGCAUUAGAAGUUUGCUUUGUACACCUAUAAAAAAUGGCAAGAAGAAUAAAGUCAUAGGAGUUUGCCAACUUGUUAAUAAGAUGGAGGAGAAUACGGACAAAGUUAAGCCUUUCAACCGAAAUGAUGAACAGUUUCUGGAAGCUUUUGUCAUCUUUUGUGGCUUGGGGAUCCAGAACACACAGAUGUAUGAAGCAGUGGAAAGAGCCAUGGCCAAGCAAAUGGUCACAUUAGAGGUUCUGUCGUAUCAUGCUUCAGCAGCCGAGGAAGAGACAAGGGAGCUUCAGUCUUUAGCGGCUGCUGUGGUACCAUCUGCCCAGACCCUUAAAAUUACUGACUUCUGCUUCAGCGACUUUGAGCUAUCUGAUCUGGAAACAGCGCUGUGCACAAUUCGGAUGUUUACCGACCUCCGCCUCGUGCAGAACUUCCAGAUGAAACAUGAGGUUCUUUGCAGAUGGAUUUUAAGUGUGAAGAAGAAUUAUCGGAAAAAUGUUGCCUAUCAUAAUUGGAGACACGCCUUUAAUACGGCGCAGUGCAUGUUUGCUGCUCUUAAAGCAGGCAAAAUUCAGAACAAGCUGACAGACCUGGAGAUCCUUGCAUUGCUGAUUGCUGCAUUAAGCCACGAUUUGGAUCACCGUGGUGUGAAUAACUCUUACAUACAGCGAAGUGAACACCCGCUCGCUCAACUCUACUGCCAUUCCAUCAUGGAACACCAUCAUUUUGACCAGUGCCUGAUGAUUCUUAAUAGUCCUGGCAAUCAGAUUCUUAGCGGCCUCUCCAUUGAAGAAUAUAAGACCACUUUGAAGAUAAUCAAGCAAGCUAUUUUAGCUACAGACCUAGCCCUGUACAUUAAGAGGCGAGGAGAAUUUUUUGAACUUAUAAGAAAGAAUCAAUUCAAUUUGGAAGAUCCUCACCAAAAGGAGUUAUUUUUAGCAAUGCUGAUGACGGCUUGUGAUCUUUCUGCAAUUACAAAACCAUGGCCUAUUCAACAACGGAUAGCAGAACUCGUAGCAACUGAAUUUUUUGACCAAGGAGACAGAGAGAGAAAGGAACUCAACAUAGAACCCACUGAUCUGAUGAACAGGGAGAAGAAAAACAAAAUCCCAAGUAUGCAAGUUGGGUUCAUAGAUGCCAUCUGCUUGCAACUAUAUGAGGCCCUGACACAUGUAUCAGAAGACUGUUUCCCUUUGCUAGAUGGCUGCAGAAAGAACAGGCAAAAAUGGGAGGCCCUCGCGGAACAGCAGGAGAAGAUGCUAAUUAAUGGGGAAAGCAGCCAGGCCACGAGGAACUGAGUGGCCUGUUUCAUGCGGAGUUGAGGUUUACAGAGAUGACGUAUUCUACAGUCUCCGAGUUUCACUGUACACUGUACAGAUUUGGUGUAUACUUUGCCACUGCUGUAUUUUUUAUUUUUUGCACAACUUUUGAGAGCGUAAGCAUGAACUUCUUUUUCGGGGACUAUAUACCAUAUUUUCUGUAUAUGUGUUUUAUGCCACUGAACUGAGAUGAUCGACCACACCCACUCUUCACACUUCACACACUGGGAAAGAGUGAGGUUUGUGCUAUCUUGUGUUCUGCAAAGUGCAA